AUGAUAUACGACGAAGAAAAUAAAGAGAAUAUUGCUCCUAGUGACUAUAGAACCAUAUCUAAACCCCGAAAUCCCACUACAAAGAAAUAUUUAAGUAACUUAUCUAAAAUUAAUAGAUCUCAAGGUGAUGGCACUUUAAAAGAAAGGAAAUCAAAUGAAGUAAAAGAAAUAAAUCUUUCUAGUUUUACUGAUGAUUUUGUUGAAAGAAAAAAUAAAUUUGGUUUGUGA